GUGAGAGCUUGUUUACCCAGUGACAGAUAAUCAGUGCGGUUAUGAAAUUGUUUUCGUAGUGUUAAUGACGGUGCAAACUGUGAGUUUCGUCUGAAAGUAAAAUGCAGAAACAAUACAUUUUCGACCUGUACCAUAUUUUCACGUCUUUUGAAAAUUUAUGCGAGUUUCAAAAGUCCGUGCAUCACAGAGAAACACUGACUAUUUUGACAAGUCUCUUUAGUCGAUGCGAGCCUGCGUUUGUAAUGUCAUUUAUUUCUUCCAGUCGGUAAUCCGUACCUUAGACACUCCUGUUAAUCUCGUAUGACAACAUUCUGAAAAAUGGAAAAAUUUACAGUAGACUUGGACAAAGUUUUGGAUGAAUUUGAAUUCAAUGAAGAUCGUGAAGAACAACUUCUAAUGGUUGGAAAAAAAGGAUUCAGCGGUAUUAUGUCAACAACCAGUGAGAAGAGUAUUCUACAACAUGAAGCUACUCCACCUCACACAGAAGGAUUUGAAUCUAUCAGCUGUGCAAAAACUGUUACACCACCUAUAAAUUCAGUUCAGAUAUCAGUGUUGAGGAAUAAUGUGCUGUCUCCAUUAAUUGAAACCAACUCCUGGGAGAUUAAAGGGAGAAAAGACAGUAGUACAAACAGUAAGGACUAUGUGGAAAAGGUUACCUCCAGUAAUAAAUUUAAUGUUAGUGGUGUGUUUUCUAGCCUGAAUGAAUAUCUGAAUGCUGGAAAUUUGAAUGUCAAUGUAACAAGUGUGGAAGGUAUAAAGGAGGGUAUUCCUUAUGAGGACAAUAAACACAUUCGAGAGAAAGAGUCAAGAACUGAAAUUAAUGAGAAUAAAUCAGGGACAAGUUAUUCAAAAAGUAAUCAGCAAAAUUUGUCUUCAGAAUUGUUGAAACAUGAUCAUUUGUACAGGUUUGGUGAAGAUCACAAUCAUUCUUCAGUUCAUACAGCCACUGAAAAAGUAGAGAUUAUUGAGGAUAAUACUGAUGUGGAAAAAUCAUCAUCAGUGGGCAGGGCUUCUGAAUAUGGCACAUUAUCUGAAGUUGUGGGAAUGUCAGAGUCUGGUCCAUUGCCAGAACUUUUUAAUGUGUCUAAUGUCAACACAGGUACUGAGCUACAGGAUGAUGUAACAUUUCCUGGAGGUGCAGAACUUUUACCUGCAAACGAUGAAAUAAAAUACAAAACCAAAGAAGAAGACCACGCACUAAACGCUGAUGGUCCUCAAGUUUUUGGCAGUGCUGAGGACUUUACUUCUACUGUUCCUGAAAAUGAGCAUAAUGUUAGUGAGGUUAAAUUUAAUGACAAGACACUAACAUAUGAACGUGUUUCAGAUAACAGUCAUCAUAAAGCCUCAGAAGAAGUUAUUAGUUUCAGUGCCAUAGAAGAGUUGAGUGAUAAUGAACUUGACUUGUAUCUACAAGAGCUGGAACAAAUAUAUGAUACUGAUAUAGCUGGACACGAAUCAGAUGAAAGUAGCGAGCAGAGUGGAGAACGCCAUAACAAAAAAAUGCCACCAGAGACUGAAACCCAGAAUGAAAGCCUACCACAGCAGCAUAAGGGCAGCAUUAUGCCAGACACUACUGCUUCCAAUAUGAAACCAGAUAAUAAUGGUGAUAAAUAUGUUGAAAUCAUCAGCAGUUCUGUAAGUGCCGAUCUGUGUGAAAUGUCUUCCACUAAUGUUGAUUGUGAAGUUACAGUUUGUGAAAAGGCAGCUAAUAGUUUUGUGAGAGAGGAAGGACAAAACAUUGAACAAGAUCCACAAAAUGUGGAUCAUUUGAGUGUUGUCUCUGGUGAAGAGAGUGUGUCUGUGAAUUCUGCCACUGACUCAUCUCAGCAUUUCUCUACUGUCAAUGAAUAUAGAACAGCCGGUAGUAUUUUACCUGUCGAGAAUAAUUCAGGAGAUCAGGCAACACCAAGCCUAUUGUUGUCUGUCGAUACACACACUAGUGGCAUAGAAAAUACAGAAUCAUCUCAUAGUGAGUACCCAGACUGUGCGCCUGAGUGUAAUGAUUCUGUGGGACAUGUAAAUAUUUUAAGUGCAAGCCAAGGAACAGCUAGUGUCAGUAAUGUUGUUUCAAUAGAAUGCCAACAAAUAAAAAGAAAUUCAUUAGAAUCUCAACUCGGCUGUGAAACUGGUGUGAGAAAUAACUCUUCUGGCACAGUUGAAAGUCUGUCAGCCCUUUUCACUCAAAUGAAACUAGAAGAUGCCUCUGCUGGUGUAUCUGGAACAACUGAAGCUAUAAUGGAAACAGAAAUAGACCAUAAACAGGCUAGGGACACCCUUGAUGUGCACAAUGACAAAUUAGGUACUAAUUGUACACUACAGACUGUAGAAGAGGACAGUGAUGUUAAUAAUUCAGCAAGUUCGUCUUCUGAAUCAAGUACACCUGAGUGUGCUGUUGUUGAACAUAAAGCAACAUCAACAUCCUCCGUCACUGAAAGUGGAGAGAAACCUUCUAGACCCAAAUAUUUACAUUUACCAUCGAAAAUAGUGGUUGAAGAUGAGGAAGAAAAUGUGCAAGGACUUCAAAGAACACCCUCAGUAGGAUCACAAGCUGAAACUCCUGCAAAAUGCAGUUUAACUGAAGAAUCUCGAGCAACAGAUGUCCAAAGUACUGUGUCCUCUGAAAGUGAUUCACAUUCAUCACCUGAGAUGUCUGAAUCAUCACCAGUGGAAUUGCCAUCAUCUCCUGUUCCUCAAAAACCACCAGCAAACAGUGAAACUACACAUACCUUAUCUCCAGAAGAAAGAAACCUUGGAAAAUAUCCACCUUUCUGGGUACCUGAUGCUGAUGCACAGAAUUGUAUGCUGUGUAAUGUGAAAUUCAGCGUUAUCAAAAGAAGACAUCAUUGUCGAGCUUGUGGAAAGGUCCUGUGUUCAAAAUGCUGCAGUCUGAAGGCAAGUUUAGAUUACAUGGACAAUGCUGAGGGUAGAGUAUGUCACCCUUGUUUUGGAAUUUUGGCAAAAGCAUUCAUAAACGACCAUGUGGAAAACAUCGACACACCUGCAGUUUCAAAUAAUGAAAAUAGCCUUACUUCAUCGGGAACUCCUUUGGGUAGGCAGCCAAACCCUAACAAUCCUAUGGAGUACUGCUCUACAAUACCACCAUUAGAACAAGCUGCUAGUGCUGUGCAUCAGCCACUUCCAAGUGUUCUGGUACCUGUUGGAGUAUUAAAGAGAGAAGGUAGUUCAAGGCCAAGAAGUGAAGUCACUAAACAGGUAAUGUUUAGUGAUGGUAUUCGUCCUGGCGGAGACUUAACGGAGUUGGAUGGUUCAUCUGAACCAAGAAUACCUUAUCGCCGCCAGGAAAGGACUUCAAAGAGGAUUGGUACACCACCUGGAACACCAUCCACCACAAGUCAUCGGACAUUAAGGGCAUUACUUCCUUUGGAUCCCAAUACUAAAAGUUACAUCCCAUCAUAUAAAGGUUUACCCCCACUGGCUACAAUCAUCAAAGGCGAACUGCGACUGGAUGAAGAACUGGAUACAGAAAAAUUAAUAAUGCGUCUCAAGGAUGAAGAUGAGCCUCCUGUUACGUUUGCUCUCAACAGGAAUCUAUUUGUUCAGCUAAAAAUUGUUAAUUUGAACUGCUGUGUGAAUAGGACAUGUUGGUGUUUUUCAACUAUUGGAAUGAGCUCUGUUGGGCAGGAUGAAAUAGUCAUAAUUCUUGAAUGUCUACCAGAUGAAUCUUCAGUUCCAAGGGAUAUUUUUACACACCUGAGCACCUUGUAUCAGGAGGCAUCUAGAGGUAGAAUGGUGAGUGAAUUGGGCCAUUCUGUUUUACAAGGAUCAGUCUUCCUGGGCUCAUCAGAAUAUGGUGGUUUUAUUUAUAUUAGACCAUCCUUCCAGUGCUUACAUAAACUGAUUCUUCCACCUGCUCCCUUUUUGAUAGGAAUCCUCAUUCACAGAUGGGAAACUCCAUGGGCAAAAGUCUUCCCAAUUCGGCUAAUGCUGAGACUCGGUGCUGAAUUCAGGUACUACCCAUGCAUGCUGGUGUCUGUCCGAGGAAGAAGACCAGUGUAUUGUGAAAUAGGACACACAAUUAUUAAUCUUCUAGCGGAUUUCCGUAACUUGAGUUAUACCCUGCCAUCUGUUAGAGGACUCGUGAUUCAUAUGGAAGACAGACGCACAUCAGUACUUUUACCAAAGAACAGAUAUGAUCAGGUGACACGUGCUCUGAAUAAUUCAAAUGACCAUGUCUUGGCAUUUGCUGCAAAUUUUAGUUUCUCUGCUGACUCACAUUUGGUGUGCAUUCAGUCUGGUGGAGAUGAAAGUUAUCAUACACAAGCUAUAAACAUUCACAAUAAGCCAAGAAAAGUUACAGGAGCUAGUUUUGUGGUAUUUAAUGGAGCUUUAAAAGCAUCCUCAAACUUGACUGCCAAAUCCAGUAUAGUUGAAGAUGGACUCAUGGUUCAAAUUACUCCUGACUCAAUACAGGAACUUCGUUCUGCAUUGAGGAAUAUGAAAGAUUUCAGUAUCAGCUGUGGACCCACGGGAGUAGAACAACCAGAUGAAGUGGUUUACAUCAAGUGGGUGCAGGAUGAUAAAAAUUUCAACAUUGGGGUGAAAAGUAUAAUUGAUGGACGUCCACUUGAUGGUAUUCCUUCUAUUAGAGUGCAUAAUGGCACUGAUUAUAUGGGUAGCUCAAGAUUUAUUCGUUGGACGGAAGUGUUCAUUCUUCAGUCUGAAGAAGUAUCAGAACAGGGAAGUGAUCCCAUAGAUAUCAGUCGCUUGACAGAAUCAAUAGCAAGAGCUACCUGCCUGGCUGUGAUUAAUCUUCUAGAUUUAUUAGCACAGGCAGGUCUAACGAAGAUAGCAGUUCGAGCAAUGAUACACCCAGAAAAUGUGGGCUAUGAAGCUGGAAGCCAAGGAGAAAAACUUCCUCCAAUUUAUAUGAAUAGUCUUGACAAUGAGCUGAUCCCCAUUCUUCACAAAGCUGCAUCAAUGUCUCAGGACAGCCCUGCUGUUGUUUUGGAACUGAUUUUUCAUAUAAUGUUGCAGUGAUAUAAAUAUUGAUGCAAAUUUGUAACAAAUAUGUACAGUGUAAUGCGGUAAUCAUGUAUUCUCCACUUGCUGUUACAAACAGUAAGGAUGUGUUUGUGUUAUUUGAAGAACUGUGUUAUUACUCACAAUUAAUAUUAAAUGGUAUAUGACUUGUAUAAAUAAUCGUCCUCACUUAGUUCAAAGUAUAUCUCUUUCUCAAUUUAAAGUCAUCGUAUGAGUUCAUAGUGAUUUUAUUUGUGAUGUAGAAAAUCUUUAAUAUGUCAAAAAGAUUUUUAAAUAGUUGAAAACUAUUUUCAUAUUAAUGUUUUUCCUCUUUUAUUACUUUAGCUGUCAGUCUCUGAAAUAUAUAUACUGUUGUUAUUUGUUUUAAGUGAGCAUAUUUUGUGUGUUUAUCAUCAUAAUUUUAUAUACCAACUGUUUUUCAGACUGUAAGAUUUAAGGAAAAGGACUUGUUUGAGAAUUAGGGAUUUAAAAGGCUGUGUGGUCGGAAGUUGAAGUUAAUUUGUUACUUUUAUUGUACCGAUAAAUUACAACGAUCAUUUUCUUACAAUAGUCUGUGAAAAGUGAUUUUACAAGUAAAGCUCAGGGUAAAUGUUGGAGUAUCAUACUGGAAUAGCAUCAGUGACUUCUUUUAUUUUUGGAGUAUAUUAUCUAACUGUAUAUAGAUAGAAUAUUUAAUGAGUAUACUCAUGUUUCCAGCCAGAUUAUUAAAACUGCAAAAAUGUAAGUUUUUAGCUAUCUUAUCACUCAUGUUACCAUUAUAGCAUUAAGGUCUUGUGCAUGUAAAGAUACUUUUUGCUGGAAGACACACCUCCAUUUAGAAUUUCAGCAUACUUAAGUCAUCUGUCGUAUAGGUCAACUGUUAGAAAAGACUGUAUUUUUUCAGUCAUUAAUCUGGUUUGAAACCUGAUCUCUAUUUGAAAGGAUCUUUUAAAGUAAUGGUGCUAAACUAAUAUUGUAAUUUUUCAGUGUUCCAGGCUUAUAUAAGCAAUUAAAUUUGUGAGUUUUCCCUAGUGUAUCUAAAAUGCUCCACCAGUCUCGUAUUUUAGGAUGACUGUAGUGCCUUAUGAAAACUGAAAUUAUUUUAAAAAUUUGUGAUCAUAAAUGUGAUAAAAAAUAUAUUUUUGUGUUAUUAACUGUAUUUAUUUUUUGCAUUUUAUGACCCUUACAUUUAUAUUUUACUGCAUAUCUGUAACUAUCU